UUAAAAGACGCCAAACUAUCCGUAUUAAGUCAGUUCAACGAUAGCAGAGCAGUGUAACUUAAAGAAAAACUAUAAUUGUGUGACGUGUUAUCGCGACCAAGAUGAGUAUGUACGGAACUUGCCGUUGUAAAAAGACUUUCCACCCAGGCAACGCCCCAACUGUCUUCCCUUCAAGGUUCUUCCUUGUACGUGAAGACGCCGAAGAUUUGUACCAAGCCCUUCAUGCUGAUACAACCGACGUAGCAACGAUCAUCAACAUUUUGGCCAAGCGCUCUCUGGCCCAACGUUUGGAGAUCGUCAACGAAUACCGAACCCUACACGAUGCGGAUCUUAUUGAAGAUCUGAUGAGCAAGCUUAGUGGAGAUUUCGAAAGUUUGAUCGUGGCGAUGAUGACACCUCUCGAUCAGUACUACGCUUCAGAGCUGAAUUAUGCUAUGGUUGGUGCUGGUACUGACGAGAAUGACUUGACUGAAAUACUGUGCACUUUAAGCAAUGCCGAAAUUUUGGCGGUCCGUCGUUCGUAUCAUCAACAAUAUGCCGUGAAGCUUGAAGAUGCUGUAAUUGACGAUACUAGCGGUGAAUACAGAGAUCUCUUGCUCUCUCUUUGUCGUACUGAAAGAGACGAAUAUCAGCAUCCUGAUCAAGAAGCAGCUCUUACUGAUGCUAACUCUAUGUACAACGCUACGAGUGACACUCGCUGGAAUGUCUACCACGAUGUGUUCUGCCACAGAAGCUACGCUCAGUUGCAGUUGAUUUUCAAUGAGUAUCAAAAUGUGGCCGGAAAGAGUAUCGAAGAUGCCAUUGAUGACUUUUUCUCUGGAGAUGUUAAAACUGGACUUUUGGCUAUUGUGGGUGAUGUGAAAAAUCCGGCUAAAUUUUUCGCUGAGCAGCUUCAUGCAACUAUGGCAGGACUUGGAACAAGCGAUAGAGAUUUGAUGAGACUUGUUGUGACAAGGAGCGAAAUUGAUAUGGCUGAUAUUAAAAAGGAAUAUGAAACACUAUAUACAGCGACUUUGGCUACCGAUAUUGUUGAGGAUACGUCUGGUGAUUAUCAAAAAUGUCUUUUGGUUUUAAUUGGAGAGGAGCCACAAUAAAUAAUGAGGUGCUAUAAUAUAUCUAUAACUCAGUUAUACUUUAUUGUCUGUAUUAUUAUUUAGUAGUAAAAUUUAGUGCCUUUUAAUUUAUAUACAACUCAUCAUUGUCUCAAACGUAUAAUAUAAAGUUACUUUGUAACAAAAUGUACUCACAAUUGUAACCAAUAAAAGAAACAAAAAUA